CACGUCACCUCACACCGCGUCCUGGAGGGGCAUGGGGGGGCACCUGUCCCGCUAGCGAACCACCAACACACCACCUCGUAGCGGACGGCGCACGGCCGGCGGUCCCCGGUCAUGGUGUCGUGGAUCAUUUCGAGGAUAGUCGUCCUCGCCUUUGGGACGCUCUACCCAGCAUACUCCUCAUACAAGGCUGUCAAGACGAAGAACGUCAAGGAAUAUGUGAAAUGGAUGAUGUACUGGAUAGUAUUUGCGUUGUUCACCACAGCAGAGACAGCCACAGACCUGCUCCUAUCAUGGUUUCCAUUUUACUUUGAGCUAAAGAUCGCUUUCGUGAUCUGGCUCCUGUCUCCAUACACCAAAGGCUCCAGUGUCCUCUAUCGCAAGUUUGUCCACCCAACCCUGUCCAACAAAGAGAAGGAGAUUGAUGAGUAUAUAGCACAGGCCAAAGACAGGAGUUACGAUACCAUGAUGAGGUUUGGAAAACGAGGUCUCAACCUGGCUGCUAAUGCUGCUGUCACUGCAGCCACCAAGGGGCAGGGUGUGCUGUCAGACAAGCUGCGGAGUUUCAGCAUGCAGGACCUGACUCUCAUCAAUGCUGAGGAUGACCUGGCUCUGCACACAUCAGAUGCCCGCAUGAGACGGGACACCAUGGAGGAGAUGAGCUCAGGGGCCAGCACGCUGCCCCGGGCCAAGAGCACUGCUACACGGCAGACCCGCUCUUUGGCAUCCGCGUCUCUUGCUGAUGACACGUCAUCCCAACACAGCUCUGACCAAUCAGACACAAGGACUGAGCACUCUGAUGAAGAUGCUGGAGACAAAGCCCCAAAACGAGUGACCAGUGUCAAGGCAACCAAGAAACCUGCUGCUGCUAAGACAGAGACUCAAAGUAAGACGGUGAAGAAACCGACAAAGAAAAAGACCACGACCAGUAAUGCAGAGGCACCACCAUGAGGCCUGAGCAUCCAGCGGCCUACACGCUCCACCCACAGCCCGCAGACCGCUCUUCUGUUUCGUCUCCACACAAACACAUACCCACCAUGUGUAUGUAUAAUAUCAAUCGCCAAAAUUGCAUUGCUCUUGCUGGUUUUUAGAGCAAAAUACAGAUGUAGUUUUUAUCCAUAUGUGGGAACGGUUCUUUUACUUUUACUGGGUUGCUGCAUUUUUCUAUCUCACUCAAAUUUAACAGUAAGAUAUUUCUCAGACAUCUUUUUAUUUUGAAGAUUAUUAGUAAAUCCAAUCAUCAAGGCUAACGUUUCCCUUUUAAACCUGUAGGCAUCUAUGUACGUCCCCGUAAUAGACAAUAUGAACCGGCCAUUUGCAGUUUUUCAUUCUGGAUUGAAGCUGUUUUGGUUAAAGCAUGUCAAGUAAUUGGAUACAUUCUUCACUCCUACUUCCCUUCUUUUGGUUUGGGUCUCCUCUGUGACCUCUAGAAACUGGUUCCAGUUGAAGAGCAAAUCAACAAAUGUUGACCACACACCAUGAUGGUAGAAAUCUUCAGAAACAUCUCGUCUUUUAACCAGGUUUGAUUUUAAGAACCUGAAUUUACCAAUAGUUGUAGACAUCCUUAAUAAUCCUGUGUGAGACCUCAUCAUUCACACUUUUGACUUCAGUUUAGGUUAUAGUAGCUACCGAUCAGCAGCUACCAUGUCCUGUCAUAAAACAGUCUAGUUAUACAGGAUUAUUAAUGAUCAAACCUGUCUUGGUUCUCUCUCUUUUAAAAAAUUUUAAAAUCUUAUUUGAAACUUUUUGACCUAACCGCUUGUGUAAGCGUUUAAUGUUCAGUAAACCGCUGAGUGAGCUCUGUUAUGUUCACGUCUCACUUGUGUGUCAACUUUCUUCCUCACUGCCGAUGGCUUCGAUGUCAUGUUCAGUGCUGGUCAUGGGAGUAGUUUGUUUAGUGUUGGCUUAGUUAUCCUUCAUCUAGACAUCCCCCUCUUGCGGAGUGAUUUACUCAUGAUCAUUUAUUUGUUAUACUCCUGUUUUAUCCAGUUCUGUGCAUCAGGUAAUAUUGGCAAUGGAUAUAAUCUGCUGUGCAUAUCCAGCCUUCUUGUGGUGAUGCUUCAACUGAGUGAUGAUGGCACUCUCUCUCAAUUAAAUACAGUGGUCACAGAUGAGGUGUCCACUGUAAUAUUGUUUGUAUGGUGACACUUUACCUCAUUAUAAAAGCGGGAUAAAUCAAAGCAUUAUAGAGAUAAUUCAACCAAAAGAGAGCCUGAGAAUUAUUUUCUUCUUCCCAUGCUGUUUCAGAUGUGGGGGGGGGGUCAUACCAGGCUGUGUGAGUUUCUAAACACCGUGGACCUUAGUUCUGUUAUGAGCUCUUUCUUCUGAGUGCUCUGGAAUGGGAGAUUUAAAUAGCAUGACACCACCACUUCUGCACUUGUUACUGCUGUCUGCAGUGUGACACUAGUAAGAACCAAUAGGGGGAGACAAACUCCAACUCAACUGUUGGCUAAGUCACUUAUGUAAAUAGGAGACGUAACUGUAUAUAGAGUUAGAGCUUGCUUGCCCUAUGCCGGCUGACAUCCAUUUAAUUUCUUCAUAAUUUGUGGGCUCUUGUUUAAAAUUCUUAGUCUUAACAAAUCGUAGGUUCCGAGACCAGAGAAAACUCGUAAACAUCUGGUGUUGGACGUGAUUGUUUCUCUUUUGUUUUUUUAAUAAAGAAGUUCACUUUUCAUUUCACAUGAAAGCACAUGAACGCUUCUCCUUCACAAAGUAGAUGAUCUCAAGACUGAAUCUAAACUGAGGUUUGUGUUCACUUCCUGCUGUGUUCUCUACUCAGUCUGGUCAUAACGUAUUUUAAGGCCAUAAGUUCUUAGUUUAAUGUUUACGCUGAAUCAAAAGCAAACAAUGUCUUAUCAAGAUGCCACUUGUGUCACAUUUGGAUAUUUAUUGUUGAUUAUUUUCUAUUUAAAAUCAGUAUUGUAUACAGGGAUGUUCAUAUAUUGUUUGUGCCAAUUCUCAAAGCUCCAUGUCAAAAAGGAUAAAGGUAUGUGUGCUGGUACAAUGGUUUAACAAGGUCAUGUAUCAGUACUAAAACUACUAAA